AUGGCACCAGUCUAUGGAAACUCUGAAUUUGCUAAAAACAAGCUCUCCUCUCAUAUUAUGGUGUCUUUUAGAACAGAGACUGAGAUUGACGUCGGCAAACAUCACAGAGUUGAAGAGCAUCUGGCCUCUAGCACUGAUUACAUCAGAUCUCACUCAUCUGAACCCUGUGAGGACGGCUGGACAGCACAUGAUGGGAACUGUUAUUUUUUCUCUUCUGAAAUGCAAACAUGGUUUGUCAGUUGUCUGUCAUGUGGAGCUUUAGACGCUCAUCUGGUCAUAAUAGAAACUGAAAAAGAACAAGUGUUUCUGAGAUCUCAGAUUAAAGUUUAUCACUGGAUCGGCCUUAAUGAUCUGGACACCGAGGGCCGUUGGGUUUGGGUUAGUAACCAAACUCUUGAAGAAACAGGACUGCAGUUCUGGCUCAAGAGAGAAUCUGGGCAAAAUGAACCAGAUAACUGGAAAGGAGAAGAUUCAUCAGGAGAAAACUGUGCUAUAACGAGAAUUUUGGAUCACUGGAGUGAUGUUCCUUGCAAGAGAAAUUUUAAUUUCAUCUGUGAAAAGAAACAGAUAUCAACCUUCAUGCAUGACGACUAAAAUUCCUUGUUCUGUCUGGCUACAUAACUAAAAUAUAUUUUGUGAUUGAUCGCACAGUCAUCUGCCAUUUCACAUGUUAAUGCUUUUAAGAGAGACCUCAUCAACAAGCUCAAUUUCAAAAAAACAUUACUAAUAUGAGAAAGAACAACGUCAUUCCCAAUUUCCUAGAGCAUGCAGGGCAUGCACACUUUACAAACAGCAGCGCUUCUAUUUUCUUUA